AUGUUUGAGAUUAUGCAGCAGCUGAUAUUUAUGAAUGAAAAUAUUACUCAUAUUAAAGGGGAUAUUAAGGGGGAUAUUAAUGAUAUUAAGGGGGAUAUUAAUAAUAUUAAGGGGGAUAUAAAUGAUAUGAGGGAAAAUUUGGAAAGGAAAAUAGAUGAAAUUACACAGGUGAGAGAAGAGGUUAAGGAGCGAAAUAAAAAGUUACGGGCAGAGAUAGACAAAGAAGGGGUUAAUAUUAGGUUGGAGAUAGGAAAAGAUGUGAAAGAAAAAGUUACUGAGUUAAAAGGAAAUAUUGAGAAAAAAUUGCUAGGGGAGAUUCAAAUAGAUGUGACUAAACAGACUGAUAUGUUGAAUAGGGAAAUUGGGCACAUGAAGUUACAGGGACAGGUACAUGAAAAGGCCAUACUCAAUUGUAAAGAAAUUGUUGAUAAGGAGAUAGAAAAAUUGAACGGGAUCGUAGAGGAACAAUCAAUAAGUUGUACUAAAAGAUCUGAGAUAGGAGAAACAAAUUUUAGGAGGGGAAUAGAGGAGAUGAAUAGGAAAAUGCAAAACAGAACAGAGGACAUUUAA